AUGGCGAGCCUCCUGCGUGUCGUGGCGGCUAGCUGCUCGGCCCCUCUGUUCAGCGGGGUUUCCUGUGUGAAGCUGCAGAGCGGCGGUUCCAUCAAAUCCUCGUGCCUUCGCUUUUUCAGGACCCAUCAAGCUCUCGGACGCUGUGCCAGUCCAGGUAUUCCAUACAAACAACUCACAGUCGGUGUACCCAAAGAAAUCUUCCAGAAUGAACGUCGUGUGGCAAUUUCUCCCGCUGGCGUCCAGGCGCUCAUCAAGCAGGGCUUCAAUGUCAUCGUGGAGUCGGGAGCUGGAGAGCCUUCCAAGUUCCCAGAUGAACAGUAUGCCCAGGCUGGAGCAACAAUUAAAGACAUUAAAGAUGUCUUGGCAUCUGAUGUGUUGGUUAAGGUCCGCGCUCCCGUGUUUAACCCCACUCUCGGCGUCCACGAGGUGGAAAUGAUGAAGGACGCGGCCACUUUAGUCAGCUUCGUCUAUCCGGCUCAGAAUCCCGAGCUGAUGGACUUGCUGUCCCAGAAGAAGGCCACCGUCGUGGCUAUGGACCAGGUGCCCCGAGUCACCAUCGCACAGGGUUAUGAUGCACUGAGCUCCAUGGCAAACAUCGCAGGGUACAAGUCAGUUGUGCUGGCAGCUAACAACUUUGGUCGCUUUUUCACUGGACAAAUCACAGCAGCUGGUAAAGUGCCACCUGCAAAGGUUCUGAUUAUUGGAGGUGGUGUGGCUGGGUUGGCAGCAGCUGGUACUGCCAGGGCCAUGGGAGCCAUUGUCAGGGGAUUUGAUACCAGAGCUGCAGCUUUGGAGCAGUUUAAAUCUCUGGGCGCAGAGCCGCUGGAGGUGAACUUAAAGGAAUCAGGAGAGGGCCAGGGAGGCUACGCCAAGGAAAUGUCAAAGGAGUUCAUAGAGGAAGAGAUGAAGCUGUUUGCCAAACAGUGUCAGGAGGUGGACAUUAUCAUCAGCACUGCUCUUAUCCCUGGAAGGCGGGCACCCAUCCUCAUCACCAAACCAAUGGUAGAGAGCAUGAAAGAUGGGUCAGUGGUGGUUGACUUGGCUGCCGAGGCUGGAGGAAACAUUGAGACCACAGUACCUGGAGAGCUGUCAGUGCACAAGGGAGUCACCCAUAUCGGCUACACAGACCUGCCCAGCCGUUUGCCGACACAGUCCAGCACUCUGUACUCCAAUAACAUCACUAAGUUGAUGCGGGCCAUCAGCCCCGACAAGGAAAACUUUUACCUGGAUGUCAAGGAAGCAUUUGACUACGGGACCAUGGACCACGUUGUUAGAGGAUCUGUUGUCAUGCAGAAUGGAAAGAACCUGUUCCCUGCUCCUCAGCCCAACAACGUGCCUGUUGCAGCUCCUCCUAAACCUAAGUCCAUCCAGGAACUGGAGAAGCAGAAGGCUUCACAAGUCUCCCCCUUCAAGGCUACACUCACCACUGCUGGCGUGUACACCGGAGGUGCUGCCACACUGGUGGGUCUGGGUCUGUGCGCUCCGAAUGCCGCCUUCACUCAGAUCGUCACCACCUUUGGUCUGGCUGGCAUCGUGGGAUACCACACAGUGUGGGGAGUCACUCCUGCCCUGCACUCUCCACUCAUGUCCGUCACCAACGCCAUCUCAGGUCUGACUGCUGUGGGUGGUCUGUCCCUGAUGGGAGGUGGCUACUCCCCAACAUCUACUGCUGAGACACUGGCUCUGCUGGCUGCCUUCAUCUCCUCGGUCAACAUUGCUGGUGGUUUCCUGGUAACUAAGAAGAUGUUGGACAUGUUCAAGCGUCCCACUGAUCCUCCGGAGUACAACUACCUUUAUCUGCUUCCUGGUGGUGUCUUUGUCGGAGGCUACGCUGCCGCUCUGCAGUCUGGAUACAACAUUGAACAGAUGAUGUACUUGGGCUCAGGUCUGUGCUGUGUUGGUGCCCUGGCUGGCCUUUCCAACCAGAAAACAGCCCGCCUGGGUAACGCUUUGGGUAUGAUGGGAGUUGCGGGGGGUAUCGUUGCCACUCUGGGUGCCCUCAAACCGAGUCCUGAGCUCCUGGCACAGAUGAGCGCAGCCAUGGCUGUAGGUGGCACUGCUGGCCUGACCAUUGCUAAGAGGAUCCAGAUCACAGACUUGCCCCAGCUGGUGGCUGCCUUCCACAGCUUGGUGGGGCUGGCAGCCGUGCUCACCUGUGUUGCCGAAUACAUGGUCGAGUACCCCCACUUCGCCACAGACCCUGCGGCCAACCUCACCAAGAUAGUCGCAUACCUCGGCACCUACAUUGGUGGAAUCACUUUUAGUGGCUCUUUGGUGGCAUAUGGCAAACUGCAAGGUGUUCUGAACAGUGCUCCCCUGAUGCUCCCUGCUCGUCAUGCUCUGAACGCCAGUCUGAUGGCAGCCAGUGUUGGUGGGAUGAUUCCCUACAUGAUGGAUCCCAGUUACACCACAGGCCUCACCUGUCUUGGAUCUGUCUCUGCUCUGUCCGCUGUAAUGGGUGUAACCUUAACAGCAGCUAUUGGAGGCGCUGAUAUGCCAGUGGUUAUCACCGUACUGAACAGUUACUCAGGCUGGGCCCUGUGUGCCGAAGGCUUCCUGCUCAAUAACAACCUGCUGACCAUCGUCGGAGCUCUCAUUGGAUCAUCUGGAGCCAUUCUGUCAUACAUUAUGUGUGUGGCCAUGAAUCGUUCACUGGCUAAUGUGAUCUUGGGAGGCUAUGGCACGUCCUCCACCGGUACAGGAAAGCCCAUGGAGAUCAUUGGCACACACACUGAGGUCAACGUGGAUCAGACCGUUGAAAUGAUUAAAGACGCCCAGAGCAUAAUUAUCACUCCAGGUUAUGGACUCUGUGCUGCAAAGGCCCAGUACCCCAUCGCUGAGUUGGUGAAGAUGCUUAAAGAAGCAGGAAAGGACGUCAGGUUUGGUAUUCACCCUGUGGCUGGCCGUAUGCCUGGUCAGCUCAAUGUGCUGUUGGCUGAAGCUGGUGUCCCAUAUGAUAUUGUCCUGGAAAUGGAGGAGAUUAAUGAAGACUUCCCUGAGACAGACCUGACCCUGGUGAUCGGAGCCAAUGACACAGUGAACUCAGCCGCCCAGGAAGAUCCUAACUCUAUCAUUGCUGGUAUGCCUGUGCUGGAGGUCUGGAAGUCUAAGCAGGUGGUCGUGAUGAAACGCUCGCUGGGUGUGGGAUACGCAGCUGUUGACAACCCCAUCUUCUACAAGCCCAACACUGCAAUGUUGCUAGGCGACGCCAAGAAGACUUGCGAUGCUCUGCAAGCCAAGGUCCGCGAGACCCAGAACCAGUAAGGUUGGCAGCUCUGGGGCUAGCAGACACCUCCACUAAGAGCACACAUUGAGGUAGAAGACAACAAGUGAAACUUCAUUCCAAAUAUUUCUCAGUUAUAAGAUCCUCUUUGUACAAUUGUGACUCAGCCAAUUGAGCAAAGAUGGUCACUAAGAUAAAAGGUUUUUGGCACACCCUUCCUAUCAUCUAUAGAUAAAAGAAAUGACAACAAUUGUUGUAAAAAACAUAACAAAAAAAGCCAAGCGAUGCAGAUGCUGUAGUAUGUCUAUUCGUGCUCCCACUGUGGUCAUGUGCUUUUAUUUCUAGAUAUUAAAGGAAGGGUAAGUCAACCACGUGCAUGUGGUCUGUGAUCUUGGGAACAUCUGACAGAGUGUCGUCUUCAUCUUAGACGCUUAUAUUAAUGUAAGACAACAAUCAGAAAUGUAGACGCAUUAAUAUGUUAGAUAUGUUAAAUAUCACUGUUAAAACCUUUUAGGAAAUAGUCAGUAGGUAAAAGAAAAUCAUAGAUGAAUUGGAAUUAAGGAGCGAUAAAGGUGCUUGAGAAAGAGGUGUGAGAGACUUAAGCACUAAGGUUUUUUCCACACUGUAAAGACUGUUUUCUCCCCCUUUUUUUUUCCUCCAGAGUUUUCCUUUAUUAUAGUUAUGGUAAUUUUGAUGUUCCCUUUGAUAGAUCGAAUUGCUCAGAUGCUCUUGCUCACCUUCUUUUUCUGUACAAGUAAAAAGAAAAAAGAGCAGAAUAGCGCAACAUUUUUGUAAAGUUCUUUCAGUUCCAGUUUUAUACUGUAUUGAGAGAUUUUUUGUAUUCGGUCUAGUAAUUACCAGAAACCUAGAAAAUGUCAAUGUGAUCACGUUUUAGAAGCCAUAACCAGUUAUUAAAAAUCUAGUCAUGCUAUUUGCUUUUUUCCUUUUACUUGAGUGUGUCUUGUGACCUCCACAGUGCAGCAAUUACACAUGGAUCCAAAAACAGUUUAAAAAUCCAUUCAAACCUCGUCUAUCGAGCAUUUAACACAAUAAACCAAAUGGCUCUGUCCAGUGUGACACCACAGCUGUCCUGUAAUGCUAGUAAAGACUGUGCUACUCCUACAAACAAACACUCUUAAUGGUUCCGAUAGCUGAAUGGAUUUUAUGAUGUUUUUGUAAUCAGGUGUGUCCCAUCAUCCUGUGUGUUCUGAUAUUACAGUACAUGUGAUGCUAGCCUUUGGCCUUUACGGUAAAAGAAGGGUUUUUGUUUGAGUGAAUGUGGCUCAUGCACUCCAAUAUGUGUGUCCUCUGGAGGGAAAUGAAGGAUCACUGUUUGUAAAGUAGGGCCAGAUGUUAAACUGACUGUUGUGUAAAGACUCUACAAUGAGAAUGCAGUUAAUUCAUUUAAUUUGGUGCCACAUUUCAGAAUACAUGAAUUGUUUGACAUUAUUAUAAUUAAGCAUGCAUUUCUGAAUUUAAAUUGUCCUUUUUAUGUUAUUUUCUUAAACCCCAACAAUUGCCAUAAAUAUAACCUUGUGCCAAAACGUCCACUUUUUACACUCGAUCUAGAUAGAUUCAACAGCACAAAUCUAGUUGAUUGGUUUUUGUAUAAGGACUUGAGUAAUUCUUAAAAAGAUCACUGACAUAAUGACAGUAGCUCCCACUCUACACCUGUCUUUACGCAGCUGAGCCAACCGAACUAAAAACACCAGAAACUUUGUCCAUCCAAUUUGAACUUUUGGCUAAGUUUGGAUUGCUGCCAUCCUGUUUUUACUUUACUUUUAUGGUCAUGACACAGCAGAUGAAUUGUUAAUACGUUUUCCUGGCGCAUGGUUUGAGGAACAAUGGCGUUUGAGGUGACAGGUCAGCAGUCUUCACCUUUUUAAUACCUGUGUAAGUACUUUUACUAAUAGUACUAUAAGAAGUAAGUUAUUAUAGUUUCAUCCUGGGACCUGAUACGUUGACCAUGACAACUAUCCUACCUCUCCAUAAAAAGACCAAUAACUUUCCAUAGGACCUUCAUCUGACCAAUCACCUUUGACCGAAUCUACCACGGACCAGUCGUUUACCAUCCACACACCCUAAUUCAACCAGUCAACCCUCAUGUAUCCUAGAACCUGCCCAAUUGCCUCCUGUUUUGUGUUCACAAUGUGUUUUUAACCAUCAGACCUCAGUGUGAAGCUGGCUGGUUUACUGUAUGUUAUGCAAGUGUAGAGCUGCAAGUGUCAUUAAUGCUCAUGAGGGGUUAUUGUUCUUACAUGUCAAUUUACACAAACAAAUGCAGGCUUUAGGGACUGUUAGAUUGAGAUGUCAGCUUUAUAUUUGUAGCUUGUUGCCAUGUUUUGUAUUGCAUUGGUAUGGAUCAAAUUUAAGGGAGAUGAAAAAACUAAUUUUACAAUGGCCAAUAUGCCCCCCUGUGCACUUACCUUUUUUUUUUUUCUUCUUAAGGAGAGUAUUUUUGUAAAGCGGCUGUUUGUGCAGAGCACCGAUGAGGGUUUGAAGCUGUACAAUGUUUCAAUGCACCAUGCAGGAGAUGAAAUGUACUGUGAAUGUUUUUUCCCUCUUGUUUAUCAUGGAACAUUUUCGUCCCUAAUAAACCUGUAUUUACACUA